AUGGCAGUCAGUAACGGAUGCAUCCCUCCCCUCUUCUAUGCGGUUGCCUUCAUCCUGAUGGCCUCCGCCUUGAUCACCUACGUUCUCGGAUUUGUCAACCUGGACAUCACACCACUCUUGCACAGCGAGCAAGGCAAAGCAGUUCAGUCCAUUUCUCAUCGCAUCUAUGAGCGGCUCCUCAAACCCAUUUCUGUCUCGGAUCCUACUAUUCCCCCGUCUAUCCCCGCGAGCUUGUCAUCGCGUGGCUAUCUUGAACCCCUUCUUCCACGCUCUGGGUCUCGCCCGGCUGUGUCCGGCACCUGUCAUCCCAAGCAAAUCACACAACUACCCUGCUUGGACAAGGAAAUUGAAGUCCCGGGUCGCCUCCAAGAUCUCAUCACCGCCAUCUCCGUCCGACACCCGAGGACAACGUACUUGGGAAGCUCCACUUUUGAGGCCGACGGUCCUGUCACUCUGUUCGCGCGCCACCGUGUUUUUGAUGAGACCCGAUACUAUGGCGAAAUCCUUCGUGCCGACCGGUCGAGCGGCUUGAUUCAGUGCACAUUACAUCCCCAUGAUGUCAAGGCUGUGGUAGAAAAAGGUUGGGGCCAGCGCCAUCCGCUUUCUACACGCCUGGCGUCGUGGUUGGCCAUGAGCAAAUCACACCCCGGCCGUUCCGCAGAGACUCGGGUGGUCCUGUACGCGCCGAGGAGUCAGAAUGACAUGGAGGUUGUGAACCAGGUCAUACACGCAGCCGUUUGGUGGGUAGGGGGGCUGGACUCGCGAGUUGAUGACGAAAAGGCGUGA